AGAGAGAGAGAGAGAGAGAAUAUAGAAUAUUACUGCGAAUUGCAAAUUGCAAAUUAGCUCGAUAUCCGAUGUACUAGAUAAGCUUCAUCGUCAUCUAUCUGCACUUCUAUCUCUCUCUCGCUAUCUGUUUUUACUAUCUUCGCCGAUUUCGACUCUUAUCUUCUGCUAUGGAUCUUUUUGAUUUGUUCCGCAAAGGUUUUGGAUAAAGUCUGCUGCUACUCAAGCUUAUUGUUUGUGUCGGCAUCUUCAUAUGCAUGUAAAACAGUUGUUUUUAAUUUGGUAUAGAAAUGAGCUUGUCGAAGAAAGGGUCUCAAACCAACAACAUCAAGCUGAAUAUUCCAAACAAGGCAACGGCAUUGAACCCUAAUGCAGCUGAAUUUGUUCCCUUUUUCCUCAGAUCAUCAUCUUCACCAUCUGGAAGUAUGUUAAACACGAUAGCUAAUACAGCAAUAUUUCCUGCUUCUGGUACCAUGGGGAAAGCAGUGCUUGACCGAUCGGAGUCAUCCAUUUCGAAUGCUUCUGAUGAUGAGACCCAUCAAUUAUGGCACCACCAGCUCCCUGAUGAUAUCACCCCUGACUUUAACAUCAUGGGCAAAGAUGAUCCCCAAGCACCUGGAGGGAUCUCUUUAGCUGGCUUGUCUUUACAUGAUACAAGCGAAGAGACGAAGUUCCCUGUUUCUUUAGGCAGUGGAUAUGCAUUGCCUGAGCAACAAGAACAAUCUCCACGGCAUAUAAAUGGUAGCUUCAGUGAAAAGAUGAGAUUUGAUGCUAGUUCUCAUGGAGCACAUCCAACUGCAACUAGUUAUUUCAAUUUGCCUUCUAAGCCCUGGGACAAGCAAAUCAUUAAAAGUGAUCAGCUUCUAGUUCUUGGCGAUGGUAGGGAGGUACACCCUUACAAUGGGAUUUCAAGACCCAGAUUCAUGAAUGAUGUGUUAGGCGAGCGGCAGCUUGCAAUAGUUGAUGAUACUGAUAUGAACCCUGUGGAGUUUUUGGCUUCCCAAUUCCCCGGGUUUGCUGCUGAAAGCCUAGCAGAAGCUUAUUUUGCUAAUGGAUGUGACUUAAAUCUCACUACUGAGAUGCUUACUCAAUUAGAGCUUCAAGUUGAUGGUGGCUUCAAUCAGAAUAUGAAGUCAAAGACAUUUUCAGCUUCCAAUCCAAGUGCCCUGGACUUUCCUGCACCUCCUAUUCAGAAUGGUCCUUCAAAAUAUGCUGGAGAUGGUCUUCAGCAAAGUGGCAAUCCUUAUGGAUCUUCUGAUAAGGAUAACAUACCUUUAUUCAAGUCCAGUUCUUCAAUCACGUCUGGAGGUGGUGCCGUGGAUUUUGCUUCAGCUGUCAGGAAGUUGGCGUCUCAGGAUUUUGGCAUAUGGAAGUACGACAGAAAUGAUUCUGCUGAUUCUGCUGUUGGCCCAAGCAGAACUUCCCAUGUUUUAGCUAGGUCAUAUAGUAGUGGGAAUGGAAGAGGCAUUUACACAGAUAGGGUGCGAAAUCAUGGUUCAUCUAAUGCAGUUCCUGCCUGGCUUGAAACUGGAGCAGCAGUGGCAAAUAUGUAUUCUGAGUUGCGUGAAGAAGCUCGUGAUCAUGCGCAAUUACGGAACGCCUGCUUGGAACAGGCACGACAUGCUUACCUCAUUGGAAAUAAGGCUCUAGCCAAGGAAUUGAGUGUGAAGGGGCAGCUGCACAAUAUACAUAUGAAAGCAGCUCAUGGGAAGGCACAGGAAACUGUUUAUCGCCUGAGGAACCCAGUUGGUCCAGAGACGCAGACAGAGGGGUGGGGACAUGAGCGGAUAAUAGACCUCCAUGGCCUGCAUGACAGUGAAGCCAUUUAUGUUCUAAAGCAUGAAGUAAGUGUUCUGAGGAGCACAGCCCGGGCAGCGGAGCAGCCUUUGCAGGUUUAUAUCCAUGUUGGAACGGGCCAUCACACUAGGGGUUCUCGCACUUCAGCAAGACUUCCAAUUACCGUACAACAAUACCUGCUUGAAGAAGAGGGCCUUGACUACACUGAACCGCAGCCAGGGCUGCUUAGAGUUGUGAUAUAUUUCUGCUCCUUCUUUGCUCAAGAAAUGCUUUUGCUCUUGGGAUCAAUUCUAAUACCCCUUUCUAUCUUCUGCACCUCUGCCAAAUCUCCGACCUCUUCCUGUCUUUUCAUUUGCUUUCGCUCCCGUUUUUCCGCUCUCUUAGAUCCCAACUCUCUUCCUCCAUCACCUUCUCAAUGCUUCUCUCUCCUCCGCACCGCCGUCUCCACCUCCAACUUGCCUCUCGGCAAGUGCAUUCAUGCAGGUAUUAUUACCUCCGGCCAAACUUCAGAUCGUUUCUUGGUCAACAACCUCAUUACUAUGUACUCCAAAUGCGGUUCCCUCACCUCCGCUCGCCGAUUGUUCGAUAGAACUCUAGACCGAGACCUCGUUACCUGGAAUUCCAUUUUAGCUGCCUAUGCGCAAUCAGCGGAUUCUCAUUUUGACCAUGUUACAGAGGGUUUUAGACUUUUUCGUCUUCUUCGUUGGUGUUAUAUUUACACUAGUAAGAUGACUCUGGCUCCCUUGCUAAAGCUGAGCUUACUUUCUGGGUACAUUUGCGCUUCUGAGGCAGUUCAUGGGUAUGCAGUGAAAAUAGGUUUGGAGUGGGAUGUGUUUGUUUCAGGAGCCCUUGUGAAUAUUUAUUCUAAAUUUGGUUUAGUUAGGGAGGCUAUAGCUAUAUUUGAGAGAAUGCAAGAGAGGGAUGUGGUGUUGUGGAAUGUAAUGCUCAAGGCAUAUGUGGAAAGUAGCAUGGAAGAAGAGGCACUUGCUCUCUUCUCGGAGUUUCAUCGGAGUGGCUUACGUCCUGACGAUGCUACUGUUUUCUGCGUUAUCAAUGGGAUAUCUGAUAUUUGUUCCCAUACAGGAAAGAAGUACAUGGAGCAGAUUCAAGCCUAUGCAACUAAAUUAUUGUUCUAUGAUGAUAAUAAUCCAAAUGUGGUUAUGUGGAAUAAGAAAUUGUCAGAGUAUCUCCAAGCUGGUGAAUAUUGGGAUGCUGUUAGUUGUUUUAUACAUAUGAUUAGAUCAUAUGUGACAUAUGACAAUGUGACAUUAGUCGUGGUGUUGGCUGCAGCUGCUGGGACAGAUAACCUAAGGUUGGGGCAACAGAUUCAUGGUAUGGUUUUGAGAUCAGGUUUUGAUUCUGUGGUAUCUGUUGCGAAUAGUGUUAUCAAUAUGUACUCAAAGCUGGGAUUUGUAUCUUUUGCAAAGAAAGUGUUUACUGGCAUGAAUGAACUGGAUUUGAUUUCAUGGAACUCGAUGAUAUCUUGUUUUGCACAGAAUAAUUUAGAACAGGAGUCCGUAAAUCUACUUAUAGGUCUUUUACGUGAUGGGCUUCUACCAAAUCAUUUCACGUUGGCAAGUUUGCUAAGAGCUUGCUCCUCAAUUGCAGAAGGGCUGUAUCUAUGUAAGCAGAUUCAUGUUUAUGCAAUAAAAACCUGUACAAUUGCUGACACUUUUGUUUCAACUGCUCUUAUAGAUGUUUACUCAAGAAGUGGGUUAAUGGCAGAGGCUGAAUUUCUGUUCAAAAACAAAAAUGAGUUCGAUUUGGUGACAUGGAAUACAAUGAUGUCUGGGUACAUAACUAGUAAUGAUAUUCAUAAAGCAUUGGAACUUUUUGCUUUGAUGCAUAAAAGGGGAGAGAGUUCUGAUGAGAUCACAUUAGCGACUGCUGCUAAAGCCUGUGGUUGCUUGGAGAGGUUGGAACAAGGGAAGCAAGUUCACGCUCAUGCAAUAAAGUUAGGUUUGGACUCAGAGUUAUUUGUAAGUAGUAGUAUUCUUGAUACGUAUAUCAAAUGUGGAGACAUGGAAAAUGCACACUUGCUUUUUAAUGAUAUUCCUAAGCCUGAUGAUGUUGCAUGGACAACUAUGAUAUCAGGAUGUGUUGAAAAUGGAGAUGAAAAACGUGUAUUUUCAAUUUACCAUCAGAUGAGACUCUCUGGAGUUCUACCUGAUGAAUAUACCUUUGCUUCCCUUAUCAAAGCAAGCUCUUGUCUAACAGCACUGGAACAGGGAAGACAAAUUCAUGCAAAUGUGAUCAAGCUGAAUUGUGCUUCAGAUACUUUUGUUGGGACUUCACUCAUUGAUAUGUAUGCCAAGUGUGGGAACAUAGAAGAUGCAUAUUGUUUUUUUAAAAGAAUGAAUGUGAGGGACAAUGUCUUGUGGAAUGCCAUGUUGGUAGGUCUAGCUCAACAUGGACAUGGUAGAGAAGCUCUUCACCUCUUCCAAGUCAUGAAAUCUCAGGGUAUUCAACCUGACAGAGUUACCUUUAUAGGUGUCCUUUCUGCCUGUAGCCUUUGUGGGUUUGUCUCAGAAGCUUAUGGGCAUUUUUGUUCAAUGCGAAAAGAUUAUGGUAUUCAUCCUGAGAUCGAACAUUAUGCUUAUCUUGUUGACGCUCUUGGCCGUGCAGGGCAUGUUCAAGAGGCAGAGAAACUGAUCUUAUCAAUGCCCUUUGAAGCUUCUGCUUCGAUGUACAGAGCUUUGCUUGGUGCUUGUCAUGUUCAGGGAGAUAUGGAAGCUGGAAAACGGUUGGCUACCAAGCUAAUGGCCUUGGAGCCAUCUGACUCAGCAACAUAUGUUUUAUUAUCCAAUAUUUAUGCUGCAGCCAAGCAAUGGGACGGUGCAAGUAAUGCUAGGAGAAUAAUGCAGAGAAAGAAUGUAAAGAAGGACCCAGGAUUUAGUUGGAUAGAUGUGAAGAACAGAGUGCAUUUGUGUGUGGUGGAUGAUGGAUACCAUUCUGAUUCCUGAGGUUGAUUAUCCGGC